UUUACACAUACGGUAUCAUUCAUUGCGGUGGCAUAGAUAACCUUGAAAAGGCCACCCUCGGAGCGUUACUACUUUAGCCGAAUCCGCUGAGGUUUACUUAGUCUCCAGCGGCGACGAUUAGAGUUGAUCUCGAUGAAGCGUUGAGGCUUGAGGCAAAGUGCGAUUCUUCUAUAGCACGAUACACACUCUGUUCUAAAAGUUCUAAAAGAAAAAGAGGAAAUAGGCUCGAGAGUGUGAUGCGUCGUUGAUUGUCUCCAACGUUAAAUAAAAUGUCAACGUAAGAUAGAAUUGCCAAGGCUGGUGCCGUGUUAUUGGCGCGUUUGCGGUAUAUUACAGGUUAUAUUUCGAUCAGCAACACUCCUCCGGGAGGUACGGAGUGAGGAUGCCGUUCGCGAAGGAUUGAACGCCGUUCGUUGUUGAAGCGGUAUAGUCGGCGGACAGCAUGGUGCAGCGUCCGGUCACGUCUCGACGCAACGUCAGAAUACUGCUCAUCGGCGAGCGUGGUGUCGGCAAGACUUCCUUGAUAUUGUCCCUCGUGAGUGAGGAAUAUGCGGAAGAGGUUCCAAGUAAGGCCGAGGAGAUCACGAUACCGGCGGAUGUCACCCCGGAGCAAGUACCGACGCAUAUAGUCGAUUAUUCAGCCGUGGAGCAAACAGAGGAUCAACUAACAGAGGAGAUUCAAAAGGCACAUGUAAUAUGCGUAGUUUAUUCCGUGGACGACGAGGACACUCUGGACAGAGCUGCCAACUAUUGGUUACCAUUAAUCAGAAGAUGCUCGUCCAACAAUCGGUGUCCAGUUGUUCUUGUAGGCAACAAGAUUGAUCUUGUGGAUUAUUCCACCAUAGAGGCUGUAUAUCCCAUUAUGAAAGAGUUCACAGAGAUUGAAAGUUGCAUAGAGUGUUCGGCAAAAACACUUCAGAAUGUCUCGGAAACAUUUUAUUAUGCACAAAAGGCAGUUCUGCAUCCGACUACACCUUUAUAUAAUUAUGACACACAAGAGCUCACAGAAGAAUGCAAAACUGCCCUACAGCGAAUUUUUAAAAUAUGUGAUGUAGAUAACGAUGGACUUUUAAACGAUAUGGAGUUGAAUGCAUUUCAGCAAUGGUGCUUCAACACGCCAUUACAACCACAAGUGCUGGAGGAUGUAAAAGCUGUGCUAUCAAAAAACAUCUGCGAUGGUAUAUGUAAUGGGUGUGUCACAAUGAAAGGUUUUAUGUACUUACAAUGUUUAUUCAUACAACGCGGAAGAAACGAAACGACUUGGGCUGUGUUAAGGAAAUUCGGAUAUGAUAAUGAGCUGCAAAUAUCAAAAGAAUAUAUUCAUCCUUCAUUGAAAAUUCCAUCCGGCUGCAGCACGGAAUUAUCGCACAAGGGACAGGAGUUUUUAACAUUACUGUUUAUGCAGCACGAUCGCGAUCGCGACGGAGCUCUCUCACCCUUGGAAAUGGAGUCAUUGUUCUCGCGAUGUCUUUUCCCACCAUGGGGUGAUGAAUACAAAUACACCGUAGCUACGAACGAAAAGGGAUGGAUUACAUUCCAAGGGUAUAUGUGUCAAUGGGCAUUGCUGACACUAACAAACGUUCGCAAAACCUUGGAAUACAUGGCAUAUCUGGGAUACAACAUGUAUCACAACGAGUGUCAAACAAGUUCCAUUGUCGUAACUCGUGAGAAGAAGGUAGAUCUGGCAAAGAAGCAGUCCAGCAGAAAUGUUUAUACUUGUCAUGUCAUAGGACCGAAAAGUAGCGGGAAGACUACAUUAUGUAGAACUCUUAUCGACCCUAAACUCGAGAAACUGAAUGACAAAGCGGUACCAUCGACCGCUCACAUUACUGUGAAUACAUUACAUGUGUAUGGGCAGGAGAAAACCAUAGUAUUGAAGGAUAUAAACGUGAUGAAUGUUCAGGAUGCUUUAACGCCAGCAGAAAUACAGUGCGAUGUGGCUGCUCUUGUUUACGACGCCAGUAAUCCAAAGUCAUUCGAGUAUAUAGCGCGCAUUUACAUCAAAUAUUUCGCCGAUAGUAAAAUUCCCGUUCUGAUAGUAGCAAAUAAAAGUGACCUUUCUGAGGUAAAGCAGAGUUAUCUGUUGCAACCAGCUGCCUUUUGCAGCAAGUACAAACUGAUGCCUCCGCAGCCGUACAGCAUCUCACGAACGAUCCGACGUGAGAUCUUCGUCAAAUUAGCUACGAUGGCAGCCUUCCCUCAUAUGAGGCGUACAAUCCACAUGUUGCUUGUCGAAUCCUUACCCUCUCCAUGGUGGAGUUUCACAAGGCACAUAAAUCAAUUCGGCCUAAUGCAAGGGGACUCCUUGGUUUGGUGGAAAGCAGGAUUGGGAAUCGCGAUUGCCACGAUCGCCGGCUACGUGAUGAUGCGUGUAUUAAACACAGAAAAAAGAUAGUCUAUCAUAUUCGUGCUAUUUGUACGUGUUUAACUGCCUCUUCUCGUCGAAUAAAGAAAGAGCCGUAUUAUAGAUAACCGCGAUAUAUU